CUUGCACUUCCAACGUGGUUAGUGCAGAAUAUUCUGGGCUCUUCCUAACCGCGGACGGUCGAUGGAUCAAAUAAACAUGCAUCUCACUCCUGGCUAGGCCGGUGUUUCUCUUUUCUCCAGAUUUUCGGUCCCCAUAGCAGGACACUAGAAACUACCAAAUCCCCUCCAUGGACUGACCAUUGCUGGCAUUGCCGUGCCCGGAUGCGCAUCCCCAUUGCCGUGCAGCUAGGGCUGCUAGUACUCCUGACGGCCCUAGUGGGUAUUGUCAUCCUCGCCGUUGCGACAUGGACCACCACAUAUAGUUUUGUAGUCGAUGUCGAAUCGCACGGGCUUGAACUCGUCGCGACCAUCAAAGCGAGUCAGAUUGCCUCGAGCCUCGAGCUCCUCGAAGUGACCUGCAAAACUAUCUCCACGCGACUCCUGGUACAAUCGGCUCUGCGACGCUAUUAUGCCGGCAAUGCAUCAGAGGCGAACUGGGCGACUUCCAUCACCGACGUGCAAUCGGCACUCGGCAGCCGGGGAUACCUAAGCACAUACCAGGCCAUCCUCUACUCGAAGAACGGACAAAAUGGUCGCGACCGAUUAUUGAAAGUCACUAGUGAUUCAAUACCGGAGAUCACACUUCCCUACACCUACUCGAAUGGCAGUUCCGUAAAGCUGGGCGAUGAAGGGCUCGGAUACCCCUCCAAUCUCUAUCCAAAUUUGACAUAUACACAAAACCCUGAAAAGGGCAAUGCUACCACGGUGAAUGCCUUUUCCGAUUACACCCUAGGAUUAACUUCUGCGCUGCUGCUGGGUCCCAUAGCAAUCAACAACUCCUUUUCUCUGGUUUCCCUGACACUACCCAUUGUCAAUAAUACAUCAGAUACAGAUAUCCUAGGUUUCAUGACGGUUGUCGCCAGCGCGGAGAACGUGCAAAACGUGGUCAGCUCUCGCGACGGGCUGGGCAACACCGGGCAAGUCCUCCUCCUCGGCCCCUCUAGGCCUGAGAACCGCUUCUCCACAGAGCCUGCAACAGCCACUUCGUCCACUGAUCAACCAGCUCUCGCCGACGCGCAGGUUCACUACAUCUUCGAGCCCACGCCCCUGCCGUCCCAAGACAGCCGUCACCGUGGCGUCUCCGCCGGUACCUCCUUCGAGCUUUCCAAGUACCCUAUGGCGCUGAAAUUGAUGGUCGAAUCCGAGGACAACGAGAAUAAAUCCGUUAGUAAGCUUUCUACCAAAAACGAACAAGGAUACAAUGUCGCAGUGGGCGCGGUUCGGCCCAAAACAUCCUUGGUUGAAUGGAUUCUUGUGGUGGAGGAAACGCACUCCGAAGCCUUCACGCCGGUGGCCCGUCUGCGGAAGAUCAUCCUUGCCUGUGUAUUCGGGACAGCAGGGUUCAUUAUCUUAGUUGUGCCUCUGGUAGCACACUGGGCUGUUGCUCCCAUUCGCAGGAUGCGGGAGGCUGCUCGGAAAUCGAUCGAACCAGAGGUGCCGCCAACACCAUCCGCAGGCUACAUUGAGCACGUAACCAAUGGACACAGAGACACGGUACAGACUAUUGAGGAACAUAUGGAUGAAAAAGGCGCCCCUGUCUCUUGGGUCAAACGCCUUCGACGGCCGCUGGAGCGAUUCAACAGCUCUCACAGUUUUGGCAAUCGACAGGAUCCCCGGUCCUCUUUCCGGAUUCCUUCGAGGGUGAAGGAACGGAGAUCCUGCGUGACGGAUGAACUCACGGAGUUGACCAGCACUUUCAACGAGAUGUCAGACGAACUCACGAUCCAAUACAAUCGACUGGAAGAACGCGUGGUGGAGCGGACAAAGGAACUCCAGAAGGCCAAAUUGGCAGCAGAAGCGGCUAACGAGAGCAAGACCUUGUUCAUCGCCAACAUUUCGCACGAGCUCAAAACGCCGCUGAAUGGAAUUUUGGGCAUGUGUGCGGUGUGCAUGGGAGAAGAAGACCUGCAUCGGAUUAAGAAGUCGCUCCAGGUGGUCUACAAAUCUGGCGAUCUCCUGCUGCAUCUGUUGAAUGACUUGUUGACUUUUAGCAGGAAUCAGAUUGAGCAGGCUAUUCAUCUUGAGGAGAAGGAGUUUAGACUCUCUGACAUCCGUUCUCAGCUGUCGAUCAUAUUCCAAAACCAAGUACAUGAGAAGCAUAUUAAUUUCAGUGUCAACUAUGUCGGCACUGGAAAUAGUCAGCCUCGGGGUACCAUGUGCCAGGAACGAGGAAUUGAACGGGCACACCCGGCUGUUGGUCCACCGCAGACAGGCCGACUCAGGGACAUGGUGCUCUGGGGCGACCAACAUCGGAUCCUGCAGGUGUUGAUCAAUUUGGUUGGGAAUAGUCUCAAGUUCACCCCUGAGAAUGGCAAGGUCGAGGUCCGCAUCCGGUGUGUGGAGGAAGUCCCGAACCCCGAGAGCUCCGUGACGCUGGUGCAAGACUCUAAACCGACCUCACGAGUACGUUCCCGGACUCCCUCACGGUCAAACGCAACGCGGGUGGAUGGUGCCGACUUUCUCGACAACCAAGUGGCUACACAGACGCCUUCCCAGUCUGAUUUGCGGACACUCAUAUUCCAGUUUGAGGUCGAGGAUAAUGGACCAGGCAUCCCGGCCAACAUGCAGAGGCGUGUCUUUGAUCCCUUCGUGCAGGGAGACCUGGGAUUGAACAGGAAAUACGGAGGAACUGGACUUGGUUUGAGUAUCUGUGCUCAACUAUCUCGACUUAUGGGAGGCAUCAUCCUAUUGGAUAGUGAAGAAGGGAACGGGGCGCUGUUUACCUUGAAGAUACCAUUGAAAUUUGUCAAGGAGGCAGCAGCUAGCACGCGAAGCUCCAGCGUUGCCGGCUCAAGGACACCGAGUGUUGUGUCACUUUCACUGGAGGAGUUUUCCAACAUCGCUCAGACCCCAUCAAACCACAGCUCUGUUGGUAACAAAGAAACACUCGCCACUGGCUUCGAAAAGCCUGAUGUCCAGCCACGGCUAGUUGGGUUGAGUCAACCAUUCUUCGCUCCUACUGUUCCAUCGGCUCCUUCGUCUCCAUCAAAGGGUCCAUCAGAGUCUAACCAAGAUUCCUCGGACAAUGGUUCGAAGAAGAUCCGCGUGUUGAUGGCCGAGGACAAUAAGAUUAAUCAGGAAGUAGCCCUUCGGAUGCUUGCCCUUGAGGAAGUUUACGAUGUGACGGUAGUCAAGGAUGGGCAAGAGGCAUACGACACUGUCAAGGCUAACAUGGAAGAGGGCAAAGUAUUCGACCUCAUCUUCAUGGAUAUCCAGAUGCCAAUCCUUGAUGGACUUCAGAGCACGCGACUCAUUCGUGAGAUGGGAUACUCGGCGCCUAUUGUCGCCCUGAGCGCCUUUUCAGAGGAUAGCAAUAUCAAAGACUGCAUAGACUCCGGAAUGGACAUGUUCAUUAGUAAACCUAUCCGACGGCCUAUCUUGAAGCAGGUACUUAACAAAUUUGCGACCAUUCCUGAAGAGUCCGACAGCAGUUCUUCGUGAUGUUGGCAUCUUUGUUCCGGUACCACCCUUGACCUAUGCGUGUAAUUCAUGCUUAUUUGCCAUGAGAAAAAAAAAAUAUCUGUACAUAAAUGAUAGCUUUAGGGCGUAAUCUUGGGGCCACAGCGUAUAAUUACCAGUUCUUCAGUUUUGUAAAUAUUGUGAUCUAAUCGUAGGGUGCGGCGAGUCUCAUGGGAUCCCUUUGGGAUGGGUAUUUAAUUCUUAUUCACCUAUCACCAUCAAGGGUAUACAAGAAUAAGAACAACUUAAAUAAAUAUAAUGCCAUUAUGCUGGAGCUGGGCUAUUGGUUGGAUUCUCAACCAUGGCAUGGACUGUUGACCUAGAAAGUGCUCUCUUAUGAUGGCCAUUGCACAAGGGAAG